AUGGCUUGGAUACUACUUCUAUUGCAGUCAGCUGCAUGUCUGCAAACUGGUAACUCUGCAGGAUCCAACAAAUUAAAUGCCUUUGGGGUCAACCAACCAGCCCGACUCUCUGGUGUCCAGGGUAGCUCCAUGGAGAUCCCCUUCUCCUUCUACUUCCCCUGGGAGUUGGCAGAGGAUCCACAGAUGAGGAUUCUCUGGAGAUGGAAGAUCUUCCAUGGGGAUUAUAUCUACAACUCUUCUUCGGGUUUCAUACAUGAGCAUUUCAAGAACCGGCUCAUCCUGAACUGGACACAGCCUCAGACAUCUGGAGUUCUCAGAAUCCUGGACUUGAAAACCAAGGACCAGACCACUUAUUUCUGUAAAAUUAUGCUGAACACAAGAGAAGGCAAGAAGAGUUGGCAGUCAAUUGCUGGGACUCAACUCAUCAUCUCCUCUGCCAUCAGGACCACCAUGCAGAGCCCCUCCAUCAUCACCUCUGCAGUCACCACAGCUGCCCGGGAGAACACAGAGAACCGUUGGCAUUCUUAUCUUGUGAACCUGGGAGCCACAGUCGGGGUGGUGGUGGCCAAGGCUGUGUUCAUAACCCCCGUCUGUGUGUUGAUGGUCUUCCUCUGGAGAAGCAAAGAGCUGUUUGCUGCCCUGGCCCCCUGA